CCUUUCACACGUGACGUCACGGAGCGGAGAAGCCGACAGCCUCGUAUGAAAAACAAGCAGCAGGAGUUGUGUUAGCUCGCCCCGCUAUCUCCAGCUAGCCCCGCUAUCUAACAGCCAACUGUCGGCCCGCAGCUGGCGGCUCCUCGCUGCAACUUUUGGGACGCAACUUUCAAAACAAGCCGAUAGCCGGCCGCCGUGUGACGGAACAGUUCCUCUCUCCAGCGACAGUCAUGGCGUGUGGAGCCACCCUGAAGAGGACCAUGGAUUUCGACCCACUGAUGAGUCCCGCUUCCCCCAAACGACGAAGAUGCAUCCCCGUGGCCCCGUCGUCCUCGUCCCCUAGGAAGUAUCUUAGCAUGGAGCCCUCGCCAUUUGGGGAGUCAUCGUCCAGACUUAGUGCAGAACAAAUCCUCAACAGCAUCAAGCAGGAGUACAAACGCAUUCAAAAGAGGAAGCAUCUAGAUGGAGGCUGCCAACAGUCGGAGUGCUGCUAUUCUCCAGAGUCCCCAACCCAGUCGUCUACUAUGAAUGUUUCCAGCAUGCCAGGUACUUCCUCCGGAGGUGUUUCUCCCACUAGAAAAGAACAGCCGUUAUUCACCCUCAGACAAGUUGGAAUGAUCUGUGAACGCCUGCUGAAAGAAAGGGAAGAGAAGGUGCGGGAAGAAUACGAGGAGACCCUGACCUCAAAACUGGCAGAACAAUAUGACACCUUUGUGAAGUUCACACACGAUCAGUUAAUGCGACGAUUCGGGGAGCAACCUGCGAGCUAUGUUUCCUGAGUGGGACACAGACACGUCUGCAAGACAGCCUCCUCUUGCUGCAAGCUGUCAUGUGAUAUUUCCAGAAAGAAAGAAAAAAUGCUCAUCAUUGUAAGAGAUUCAGUUUAGCUAGUUUAAAUCAAACUUUUCUUACUGUGCCAUAUUUCUGUCUUUGGGCAAAGGUUUAUAUGAAGCUGUUGUUGUUACCACUCUGUUGUAAGCAACUAGGUCCUAAUGUAACUGAAUGGACCCUAUCUCUACCAGUGGCCUAUGUUCCUCCUGCUGUACGUAUCUACAGUUAUCUCACUUUUGUAAUGAUUCCCAGCAUUCCAGGCUUUGUCACUUGUUUCUCUUUGUUACAUGUAAAUACGAUAAAGCAGCGCAGAGUUUAAAACAAGGUUUGCUGGUCAAUCUGAAAGGAAGUGGAAGAAACACAGCUGAACAGGGAGAAUGUUUGCAGUUCGUCCUCUGUUCAUCGCUUUUUAAAUUGAGAAUAGUGGGCAAGUUUCUUUUUUUUUCUCUCCCUACCAGUGUUUUAUUUAUUUUGACUUUUGUUUUACUGGUAUCAUUUUGAAACCAAUGUACUUAUUGGGAAAAAAACAAUAAAUCUUUUAAGAGUUCAGAA